AUGAGCUGGCAAGGCUACGUCGACCAAACUUUGAUCGGAUCUGGCAAAAUCGACAAAGCUGCAGUCGAGCAAAAUCAAGUCCAAGCUCUUAUCAAGGGCUACAUCGACCCACGUUUCCUGUCGGAGGGAUUCUACAUCGAAGAACAUAGAUAUUUGGCUAUAAAAGUAGAUGAUCGGAGCAUCUAUGGCAGGAGUGGCAAGCAAGGUGUCAUCGUUGCGAAGACGAACGAGGCAAUAGUGAUUGCACAUUACUCCGAGACUGUCCAACCCGAAGAAGCUACCAAUGUCACCGAGUCACUGGUGAACUACUUGAUUAGUGCGGGAUAUUAG